AUGAAGAGGACAGCAGAGCGCCCGACCGAUCGCAGUUCCAAACGUUCAUCCAUACAUGACGAACACGAGUGGAUCAUACGAGGAUAUCGUCCAGAUUUAGCAAAUGCGCCUCAAUCCCCCGACGAAGACCCUCUGGGUGAGAUCGCCUACCACCGGGCCUUUACCAGAAUUUCAGCACAAACUCCUGGACGGGUACCGAAUCCUUCAUUCUUCCCCAACUCGCCCACGGCAUUGCAAUUCAUGAAAUGGAAAGACCAAAUUCUUUUCUCGCCCAAGCCUGCGGGAGACAGAACUCCCACCCAAAAGCCGACCCCGGUGUCCCAAGCCCCCACCACUUUGCCUGGAAAUCUCCCUUCUCCGGGGUACAGCGAAGAUCCUCCAAAGGCGUAUCGCUCAUUGAGCGAAGAUCAGGCCAGGACCGGUGACUCCGGAUCGAGCACGCAAGGCGCAGUGAUCAAGACACAACCAAGAUCUCCUCCGCCCCCCGUGAGGUUGCGAAUUGAUCAGACUCGCCCUCAACCACAUCAUCAACCGGCACCGAUGACCAACAUCUUGCCACCGAUUAUGGAACCGAGAAUCAACGCCGCUCCGCCCGGUCCUGACAAAGUGUUUCGAUGA